UACACGGGACAUGCCCGCAGUCUCGGCAACACUUUUAGUUCUCUUUCUCCCGCGCUGGGUGGGAUGGAGCUGUAAUUGCAGGGGCUAUUUUCGGCAGCCCGCUGAGCGGCCGGGCGGAGGAGGAGCGAGGCGCUGCUGAGUCGAUCCCGCUGCCCCCAUCCGGCUCUCCCGGUGGGACGGAGCCCGGCAGGGCAGCCCCGGGCCGGGAGGCACCGAGCGGAGCAGGGGAGAGCAGCGGAACGGGGGGACGACACGGCGGGGGCUGUCGCUGCUGCCCGGUAGAGAUACGGAGCUGAAACAACCUCAACUUGCCGCAGGAAGGAUGGCAACACCGGCGGAGCUUCGGAGCAGCCCAAAGAGCCGGGGAGCCGGGGUUUUGUGCGCCGCGAUCUAAUACGUGGGAGUAAAAUGGAAUUCCUCACCUGGGUUUUUCCUGCCUUGGUCCUACUGUGCACCCAGCAGCACAGAUGCAUCAGAGCCAUGACUGACAUCGGAGAUUACAUAGGCUCCAACAUCGAAAUAUCCUGGUUACCCAACCUGGAUGAUUUGAUGAAAGGCUACGCACGUAAUUUCAGGCCUGGGAUUGGAGGUCCUCCUGUUAAUGUUGCUCUUGCAAUUGAAGUAGCCAGCAUUGACCACAUCUCAGAAGUGAACAUGGAAUACACCAUGACAGUGUUUUUGCACCAGAGCUGGCGAGAUGACCGCCUGUCUUACAACCACACCAAUGAAACACUGGGGCUGGACAGCCGCUUUGUGGACAAGCUCUGGUUGCCAGAUACUUUCAUAGUAAAUGCCAAGUCUGCCUGGUUCCAUGACGUGACUGUGGAAAACAAACUUAUCAGGCUCCAGCCAGAUGGAGUCAUCUUAUACAGCAUAAGGAUUACCUCAACGGUGGCGUGUGACAUGGACCUCUCCAAGUACCCAAUGGAUGAGCAGGAAUGCAUGCUGGACUUGGAGAGCUAUGGUUACUCUUCAGAGGACAUUGUCUACCACUGGUCAGAAAACCAGGAUGAGAUCCAUGGGCUGGAUAAGCUGCAGCUUGCUCAAUUCACAAUUACUAAUUACCAGUUUACAACAGAACUGAUGAACUUCAAAUCUGCAGGUCAGUUUCCGAGGCUGAGUCUCCACUUCCACCUUCGACGAAAUCGAGGUGUUUACAUCAUCCAGUCCUACGUCCCUUCCAUCUUACUAGUGGCCAUGUCUUGGGUAUCCUUCUGGAUCAGUCAGUCAGCUGUGCCUGCCAGGGUGUCAUUAGGCAUAACUACUGUUCUUACAAUGACUACACUGAUGGUCAGUGCCCGAUCGUCGCUUCCACGAGCAUCCGCCAUCAAGGCACUCGAUGUUUACUUCUGGAUAUGCUAUGUGUUUGUCUUCGCUGCGCUGGUGGAAUAUGCUUUUGCACACUUCAAUGCUGACUACAUGAAAAAGCAGAAGAACAAGAUCAAGGCGAGAAGGCAGAGCAGCGAGGUAAACGUGAAGAAUGCCAUUGUUCUGUUUUCCCUCUCCAUAGCUGGUGUGAGCCAGGAACUGGCCAUUUCCAACAGGCAGCACCGAAUCCCCAGAAGCCUGCCUGGAUCAUACGGCACAAUAGAAAUAGAGACUGGAGAGACUAAACAGCAAGAGCUGAAACUGGAUAAAAAGAGUGGUCUGAAGUCCCUCUUUAAGCCCAUUGAUGCUGAUACCAUCGAUAUAUAUGCCAGAGCAGUGUUCCCAGCAGCUUUUGCAGCAGUCAAUGUUAUAUACUGGGUUGCCUACACAAUGUAAAAAAACCCAGAACUUGGUGAAGAGGUAAGAACUGAGCAGUACCUACACACUACAAAGUCCUUGCUGGAACUGUAUUGUGCCAUCUCAAAAUAUUUUCCAAUGACACCGAGGCAUUUCUAGUCAAGAAACUCCUGCAAUCAAUUCCUACUAAAGCAGCAAGAGAAACAGUUGGUUACCAGUCUGGUUUGAUAUGUUAAGAACUGUACUAUGUUCAGCAAUCCCAGCUCCUUUCGUUUCCUCUCUUACCAUGAGAAAACAUUUUAUAUGUACAUAACUGUAGAAGUUUAAAUCUUAAACUACCAUGGUUUUCCUCCACCUGAAGGGUCAGUAAGUAAUGAAGGUUCAGCCUCUCACACUCAGAGCAUUUCAUCUCUCAUAGUGGAACAGCUCAUUCUGAGCUUCCACACAAGAGUUUUCCUGUGGAAUGGCCUGACUUCAAUGCAAAUGGCAAAGCUGGAGAUUUUAAUCACAAAAACCCCCAUGAUAAAAGUAAAAAUAGAAGUGAGUGGGGGAUUAUUGAAUUUUCCUUUGUCUUAGAUAAAGUAUUGAAAACAUUUGAGUGCUCUUAGUCACAGCAUGAAGUAUGAUACACUACAGAGAGUUCUACUGAAUUGUUAAUAGUGACAGCGUUACGUUUCAGAUCUACGCUAAUGAAAGUUUAAACACUUAAACACAGUAACCUUUGUUACUUCACCGGGUCCCAAAGCAGACAGAAGUGGUUCAGAAACACAGGGAAAGCUCAGCCUCUCUGCGUUGGAUCACUGACAGUUUCAGUGGUGCUUGGUAAUGAAGCAGCUCAAACUCAAUUUUCAGGAAGGACUUUAGAAUUUCUUCUAUUAGUUUCAAGUCUGCCCUACGUGCAAACAAAAUCUUCUUGCAUCUGGCACUAAAAAGCUGAAUAAAGUUCAAAGAUGUCAUAAAUGGCUGUAAGUCAUUCAAUUUUAAUUUUUUUCACUGGCUGACAUAAUGUUAGGCUUCUUCACUUCCCUUAUUUGACAGUGGAAGCUGCUAUGGAAGAGAACAUGGGGAGCUGCAAGAUGAAACAAGACACAAGAUGUAAAUGAGGAAAGAGCUGUGCUGGGCUUGAAAUGGGCUGAUGAGUGACAGAUGGAACUGCAACGAGGAGGAAACAAGCAUUGGGUCACUUAUCCCUCCCACCUUACCUAUCUGUGACACGUGGAUGGAUUUCAUCUGACCAGAACCAAAAGAGCAUUUUAACAUAAAUUCAUAACUUAAACAGAUUUGUUCAAUGUCAUUGAAGCAAGAGAAUGCAAUGAAGAAAAAUUAAUGAAUCUGAAUUGAACUCUAAUAUAAAAUAUAGACCCAUCAUAAGUCAGGCUGAGGAUUAUUUCUGUUAUAAUGGAAACACUUUCUGCCAGCCUCGUGCUGGAAGGUGCAAACCAUCAUUAAGCUGUAUCUUUUCCAGAAGGAUCUUAUCAGCCUGGCCCUACACCUGGAUUUUGCACUGACCACUCACCACUGACGUGGGGGUGAACCUUCCUGGAGUCAUUUCAUUGCAUCAUCUGCACAAUGGGCAUUAUUACACUGAUCUCUUGACUAAGUCUUUGAGUUCCACAGAAGCAAAAACCUUCUGAGAGACACAGAAACUGUCAUCCUCCAAUUAGGUAUGUGCAUCCAGCAGUACCCGUGUGCUGCUAUUUACCACAGUUCCUGAGUCUUACAUACUGAAUUAAAGCAUUCAACUUCAUCUUACUCAGAAAACGAAUAAAAUUGUGCAUCUCCUUUUAUACGUGAAGGUAAUUGGUUCAUUCUGUACCCAGUUUCUCUAGCUAUUUUCACUGCCUUGCAGGGUAAGGCAAUGCUAAAAUGGAACCGGUUGUCUAAAUACAGCAGAGAAAAUAGUGGUAGCAAGUUCCUACAGCGUAUAGAGCAUGAAGUAAUCCAUGGUGUUGGGGUUAACGUUAUUAGACAACAGGAUAAAAGCACUGACGUGGUGCACAGUGGCUGCUUAUUCAGGGUAAUGAGUGAGAAAGUGGCUGCAUACAUUAUAAAGGCCAUUCAGAUUCAUGUACAGGAGGGACUUUGGUACAGGAGCGUGGUGUAACCAUUGGGGUUGGGAAUAAAACUGAAGCUUCUGGAUA